AUGUCGAUUAAGGUCGCCAUUGUUGGCGGCGGUCCCGCUGGCAUCGCUGCCCUCGACGCCAUGGUCCAUGAACAGGCGUUUGCUGACGUCACCUUGUUUGACUGCAAGCCCGAAGUGCUGGGGACUUGGGUGUACAACAGUGAGACCCCUCCGCCGUACACGGUGCCAAGCACUCGCGCCGGCAGCGACGCCCCGUCACUGCCGUCACUUCCGACACGGUUUCCGGCCACGACCCCAGCGCUGGCAGCACCGGACCACAUUAACCUGACCUAUGCCUCUCUUGAGACUAACGUUGAAGCCGAUGUCAUGGAGUUCACCUACUCGCGGAUCCCUACCGUUCGUUCAGCGCUCACGCUAGCUAAAUAUGGCGCCGAUCUGCCGUUUCGCCACCACCUGGUGAUUCGUUCGUGGCUUCAGCUGCUUACCAAAGGCUAUGAACACCUUAUCCAGUUGAAUACUACCGUGGAGCUCGCGGAGUGGCGCCAACACACUUCGGGCGACCACUGGGUGCUCACAUUGCGCCGCCGUGCCCCUGACGGCGAUCACUGGCGUCAAGAGCGCUUCGAUAAGCUUUUGGUGGCUCUGGGUAAAUAUAUCAAGCCGUACGUGCCCCAGGUCCCAGGCCUUGGUCUGUUCCCUGGCUUGUUACAACACUCACAACAAUUCCGGUCGCUGGAAACGUAUCGCGGUAAGAAAGUUGUGGUUGUAGGUGGCCUGAUCCUGGCAAUGGAUUUGGUAUACGAUGUGCUUUUCGUGGCAAGCAAAACCCUUCUGCUGCGUACCCGUGAUGGCCAUCAAGUAGAGAUAGUGGGGUCGGCAGCGUUUGACCAUCCUAAAGUUGAUAAACGAGGCCGCAUUGAACGCAUUGAAGGACUGACGGUUUACUUUGAUGACGGUUCCCUCGAGGAAGGGGUUGAUUGCAUUUUAUACGGCACAGGCUAUUUGCUCUCAGUGCCUUUCUUACCUAAUGAGGAUUACAGCCAUGGGCGAUUACAUCGAGUGUACCAACAUGUGAUUAGCAUCGACAAUCCGUCGCUAGCCUACGUUGGGUUUGUCGCUGGCGGGCUCACAUUCAAAGUAUUUGAAUGGCAGGCAGUAUUUGCGGCACGAGUGUUUGCUGGUAGAGCCGCUUUGCCUUCGAAAACGGCAAUGGAGCAAUGGGAACACCAACGCUUACAGAAGAUCGGCAAUAACGACCGCUUCAACUAUAUCAACGAUGACUUCGAAGGGUACUUUGAAGGGCUCCGUUCGCUCGCCGGAACCGAGGGACCUGGACGUCAACUCCCCCCGUAUAAUGAUGAGUGGCGAGUGAAGCUUAUGCGUGGUCACCAGCGCAAACGAGAUUUCUUCGAGCGCCACUAUCAUACACCCCCAGCACUACCAGCGCAACCAUCAACGGAACUUUCAUCGCGGGCAGCUCGUCUUUGA